AUGUCCCUCCGUAUAGCACCCCCCUUCAACCACGCUACUUCAACCAACAAUACCAGCUCUACCACUGGAGGCGCGCCCUCCGCUCCUGGCAUUCAUGACACCCUCCGCUCUUCUCUCACACCCACACCCACCGCCUCCUCGACAAAUACCUCCCAACCUCAACCCAGUACCUCCACACAUCCACUAGAAUCCCGCCUCGCAGCCUGGCAAUCAACACAAGAUUCGCUCAAGAUGAACAUGCUCCGCCGCAACUUCGGCAUCGCGGAACCCGUGCGACGAGGAAUGGAGCUGAAGAUCUGCAGAGAGGGGGAGUGGAGGCCAGCCUGUUUGGGGGGAAGCGCUGGGGUCGGAGGAGAUGUUCUCGCGGGGAGGGAUGCGGAGCUGACAUGGGAGGAUGUCUACAAGGGCGAUGAGACUAGGGAAGGGGCGGAUUUCCAUUCGGAGAUGGAGGCGAAGUUGAAAAUGGAUUGGUGA